GUGGAUCGUGGUUUUUCGACAUUUCAUCGUCGUUGAAUCGAGUUGUGCCAAAAUGAAGAGAUUCGUGGCCCUAGCCUCUUGUCUGGCCCUUCAGGGGUUCGCUGUUUAUGGUCAAGGUGGAUUUCAGUGUCCAGAUGAAUUCGAAGGAUUCUAUCCCCAUCACUCGAGCUGUGACAAGUAUUGGGAAUGUGUGGAAGGUGAGGCCACGCUUGAGCUCUGUGGUAAUGGCUUGGGCUUUGCUGAUACGGAUUCCACGUACACAACCAAGAAUUGUGAUUACCUAAGCAAUGUGGAUUGUGGCAAUCGAACGGAGAUUGAACCGGCCAUCUCAGCCCCCAAUUGUCCUCGACUUUACGGUACUUUUGAAGAUCCAGAAGACUGUGCUGGCUUUUUCCAAUGUCGGGAUGGUUUGGCUAACCGAUUUUCUUGUGCUCCUGGUCUUGCUUACGAUGUGCGAGCUCAGGUCUGCAAAUGGGCGGACCAGGUCGAUCGGUGUAAGAAAAUAGAAGAAGAGGAGGAAGGAGCCUUCCAAUGUCCCCUUGAUUUCCGUGCUGGUACAUUCAGCAAACAUGCUCAUCCAGAAGAUUGCCGUCAAUACUACGUGUGCAUUGGUGGGAUUCCCAGAGAGUAUGGAUGUCCUUUAGGAACUGUUUUCAAAAUUUCCGAAGGAGAUAGCCAAUACGAGGGUCAGUGUGCUGAUCCCGAGGAUGUUCCAGAAUGCUCCAACUAUUAUGGCGAGUUGCAAUUCGAUAAGCAAGAACUGGUUCGAUCCGGUGCUGAUCCCAAUGCUGUGGGUGCCAAGGUUGUCACUAACCGACCUCGUGUCAAUCGCCCCAGUCGUUUGCGACCCUCUCAAAAUAUCCCUCAAAGUCCUGUGAGUGAGCCUUUGGGAGAUCUGGUUGAAACUGCGAAAGAGGAAAAGGAAUCCGUUGUUCCCCUUCCACGUCCCGCUCCUCGACCAGUUGUCGAUACCAACUCCUUCCGCUCAUCCCGCCCAAGACCUCGUGCUCGACCGGCCCCUGAGCCCGUUCAAGCCGCACCCUCUUUUCCCGAGCCCGUCCCACAGAGACCAGCUCCCAUCCCAAAUCGAAACCGACCUCGUGUCCAGCCUCCCGCGCCCAUCAACUCUCCCAAUCCCUUCUCGCAAGUUCCAGUAGUCACACCCCGAGUGGAGGUUCCUGCUAUUCCCUUAGCGUCUCUUACUACUGAAGCUCCUCAGUCGUUCAUUCCUUCAGCCGUGCCCGCCACGGGCAAACCCGGUAGCCUCGGCACUCCCGCUAAAGUGAAAGCUGGUGAAGAUUAUUAUUACUACUAUUACUACUACGAUGAAGAUUAUCCCGAAGAAGGUGGGGAUAGCGAUGCUCCUGCUGCUGCCGCGGCUGCUGCAGCGGCCGCUGCAUAAAUUGAGGCUAUGACUGCAAUCAAAAACUCUUGUGCCGUUUCGUUUUAACCAUGAUAUUACAAGAAGUAGUCUCCGCCGAAUUUGGCUGACUGUUCUCUUCACGAAAUACAAAAUAUCAUGUUAGCUAAGAGGGUGGAUAAUUAAAAUCCAUGUGGGUGUGUUGUACCUGUCCCUAAAAAAUAAAAAGACGUCCUAACUGUUCUCUUUA